UCCCCUCGCCGUGACCUUCUCUCUAUUUCCGCUUUCCCGCCAGCGAGUUUUCAGUGAGGGAUAGUCUGUCGCUGGGUUAGUUGAGGGGAAGUUAGGAAAGUAUGGCGGCUCAGCAGCUCUACUCUAUUGCGAAGGAGUUGGCGCCUGGUCCUGAGGAAUACGCGCAGGUUCAACGGGGCAGCGAAGUCGUGACAGAAAAAACACUUCCUCAGGGCAUUUCAGAUGAAGUUGGUGGCGACAUGACGCAGGCGGGAGAGGUUUACUACUUGCAGCCCGACGGGAGUUUGGUACAAGGGAGUGAGAUCGUGAAUGACGCCGGGUUGCGCUCUAUUACUAACAGCCGUGCGGGAAACCCCACCAUAAAAGACGCGGCCCGCCAGCUCCAGGCUGCAGCUCAGCAUGUUGCUCUUGGGGAGCUCAAACUAAACUCUCUGCCGCCACAGCUCCAGUUGCUGAACUCAAUUCAAUUUGAACUGCCAGAUGUUCAACAACUGAAGACUGAAGACCAAGCUGUUGAUCAGGACACUCCAAUAGAAGGGAAUCUCCACACACACAACUCAAAUUUGCUUGGUGGAAGGAUGUUUCCACUAAAGACACAGGCUGAGCACAGAGAACGAAAGCAUGAGUUAGAUUCUGCUAUCCAAAUUCUUGUUCAGCAGCCAUACUUGUCAGAAAAGCACAAAGCUAAGGACACUAAUAAGAAAACCUUAAAUCCUGUGACAUUACUGAAUAGCCAGAAUUGUUCUGUUUCAGUUGCGCGAACUGCGAGUAAAAAAAAGGUGUCUUGCAACACUGGGAAGCUACAGAAGAAAGAUAAGUGCAAAAAGCCUUUAAAAGUAAAAACACGUUCUGGUCGCAUUUCACGACCUCCUAUGCACAAAGCAAAAGAUUACAAGUUUAUUAAGACUGGGACUUUGGCACACAGCAGUCCUUCAGAUUCUGAUGAUUAUUCAGAACUUAGCGCAGAAGAUGAAGAUCGUAAAAAGGAGAAUGUAUCAUUUGCCGCCCAGAGUUUUACAGUACAACAUACACUGUUUCAGUGUGAAACAUGCGAGAAAUCUUACAUGGGAAAAGGAGGAUUAUUACGGCAUUACAGACUUUAUCCUUCUCAUGGACAGAUGCAAUCCUCAGAAAUAAAUGUUUCUAUGCUAUCUGGGAAUGAAGCCGAGAAAAGAUUGCUUGAAGCACAAAAGUCACAAGCAAGUCAUUUAUCAAAGGGACCAGUAUGUCGAGGACGACAACGAAGAACAGGAAGAUGUGUGUCACGCCUUGGACGGCCAAAAAAAUUACUAAAUAGUCUGUCUUCAUAUUCUGAUAAACAGUUAAAAACAGCUAAAUUUAAAGAGUUCCUCCAACAGUACGAAGAAGGAGAUCUAAAGGAACUGGUUCUGCCAUGUCUCACAAAAUUUGUCAGUGUAUAUGACUUUUUACUCUCAAAGGUUAAAGGUGAUUAUCCAGGCAAAUCUUCUUUCCCGUUUAUCUAUAAAGAAUUUGAGCAAUUGCACUCAAUGGUUAAACUUCUAGCUCAGGAUUAUCUUGCUAACUCUCUUAAGAUUGCCGAAGCAUCCCUUGAAAUCAAAGAUGAUGAGGUGGCUGAAUCACUGGGCAUAAAAAGAGACAUAACUGGACAAUAUUCUACCCCUGAUAUGUUACCAUCUGAAUGUAAGACACGUUCUGAAAUGAAACAAAAACACAAGCCAGAGUGCUUAGAUGAAGACAUGCUCCCUCCGUUGAAGGUUCCAAAAGUGGAAGGAAAUGUCAGUGAAUUCAUGGAGGAAAGUGGAAUUGGUGAAAUGUUUUCCAGUAUUACUGACGCAGGACAGGCAAAUGGGAAGUGUUACCACCCUGAUUCUACAGCCAUACUUUACACAGAAAAAUCAUCUGAGGAGCUAUUUGAUACAACUGCCCAAGUCGAACCUCAGGAUCAUUUUGGUGGCCCUUACUGGACAAAAGCAGUCUCACGGUUUACUUCACAGUCGAGCCCUAAAUCUCAGGUAGAGAGCAGUUUGCAAGAAAACACAAAACAUGCUGUUGGCUCAGAUAUUAAUGUUUUUGAAGAUCACAUUUUAUCUAAGGACAGUAGAAACAGUGACUCUGAACCAUCUGAAUGCUUCCUCUCAAAUGUAACAAACGCAUCAAGUUUUGAUCAGGCCGUCUGUGAGCUGGAUAAAUGUGAGCUUUCAUUUCACGACCGUGUGCAUGCCGACCCUGUGUACAAUCCAGAGGCUACUGAGGCAAUGACAAGUGAAGAAACGGUUUGCUUAAAUCAGUCUGAAACGGAAAUGAUUGAGGCCUUCCAAGUUGAACCAGCAGCUGAACUUUUGCAGGCAACUAUUAUAAAUAUUCAAGAAGCUUGUUUGGAUGGAAAAUGUACUGCUGAACAUGACAAUGCCAACCAUAGUGGUGCACGUUUAACAUGUGGUGCAGAUGGGAUUGAGCAAACCAUUCUUCAUAAUACAGAAGGAGAUGACUUAUCUAACUGUGAAUAUCAGGCAGAGAGCAUCAUACUAACAAAUACAGGUACAACAGACAUACACAUUGAAACCAUCGAUACAAUCGUACAGAUGGAAACUGAUGGUAUCUGAUUUUUCUAUAUAUGAAAUAUAUAUAUAUAUAUAUAUAUAUAUAUAUAUAUAUAUAUAUAAUACAUAUAAUACACACACAUAUACAUACACGCGCUAUGGGAAUUGCUAUGGAUUGAACAUUUACACUGGAAAUGUAUAAUUUAUUUGUAAAAAUGCCUAUAUCAGAGUUUUUUUACAUUUUUGUUUAUACAAAGUUUAAUGUUUCUAAAGAACAAUUUGCACUAAAUAUUAUUGUUAAAUUUAGAGGUGGGUUUAGAUUUUUGCACCCAUUAGUCUCAUACAGUGGGCUGGAAGGCAUAACUGUGUCAGGGAUCAAACUGGUGUUUUGGUUUGAAGCCAUUUAAAGGAGAAGAAAAAGCUAAAACGAAGUAAGCCUUAUCAGAAAGGCCUAUAUAAAUACACCAGUAACCCUCAAAGUAGUGCUGCUCUGAGUCCUCUGUCAAAAGAAACACCACAUUUUCUUUCCUUCUUUUGUGUACUCAUGGGCUUCUGUAUCAGACUUCCUGUUUUCAGCAUAAACCUGCAGGGUCAUGCUUAGUUUGCUCCUCUCUCACUCUCCCUGCUGUAAUCUGAGCCCAGAGCUAUGAGAAAGCAGGGCGAAAUUCAGGCAGGAAGUGAUGUCACACCAAGCUAAUAUGGCAGCUUCUAUCUUAAACAAACAGGGAGCAUCUAGAGCUGUUUACUCAGGUAUGGUAAAGAAUUCUGCAGAAUACAUAUAGCUUGCACUAUUGUGGCUAAUCUAUUGGCAAUAAACUGCCUCUGUAGCUUUCCUUCUCCUUAAAGCAGUGCAAUGUGAUCAUGCUCUGUUAAGUCCAGCCCAUCUCCCUGCAUUUUAGGUCACCAAUUUUUUAUUGUGUCAAAUACCGUUUAUGCUUUUAAUCUCUGUAAGCAAAGUUCAGGAUUACCUGGAUGCAACACAUGAAGUAGUAAUUUGCUCACGUUAGACAAGCUGAUUGUGUCCUCCAUUACACUGGAUUCAUAUUGAUGUACAAAUGUCACACUCAAUCGGUUAAACUAACACAUCGGUUCGUAUUCAUUUCACAGGGUAAAACCCAAUAUACAGAUACAAUGUACUGAUUACUUGCAGUUCUGUAAGUUUGUACUGGCAAUAUUCAUGUAAAUAAAGUCUCUUGUGAGCAAA